AUGGCGACGCGCGGCGCGGGCCCGUGGCUGCUGCUGCUGCUGUCGGUGGUGCUGUGCGCGGCGGCGGCCGAGUCCCGGUGCCCGUCGUGUGCUGCGGGAGCGGAGCGGCGGCUGCUGGAGGAAGCGGCCAAGCGGCAGCUGCUGGAGAAGCUGCGGCUCCGUGAGCGGCCGCGGCUCGUUCACGCCGUGCCCCGCGCCGCCGUGGCCCGUGCCCUGCGGCGGCUGCAGGGGGGCAGCACCCGCCGGGGCCCCGACGGCGACGACGACGGCGAGGAGCAGGGCUACGAGAUCAUCAGCUUCGCGCAGCCAGAGACCACGUCUCCCUCUCGCCUGGGGCUGCAGUUCCAGUUCAGCCGCGCACAAGACCAGGACGUUCACAUCCUGCAGGCUCAGCUCUGGCUCUACCUCCGAGUCCUACGGGAGCCGGGAGCCAGCCUCACCCUGCGGAUCUUCCUGGCUGCUGGGGAAGGGGAUCUGGUGGGGGGCAACCGCACGCUGCUGAGUGAGAGGCAGCUGAGCGUGCGGGGCAGCGGCUGGCAUGCCUUCACCCUCCUGCCUGCCCUGCACAGCUUCUUUGGGGGAGAGCAGAGGACCCUGCGGCUGGAGCUGGAGAGCCGUGGGGAUGGGGGUGAUGCGGCAAUAGCCAAUGCCAGCUGGUCCCACCAGCCCUUCUUGGUGGCCAAAGCGAAGGUGAGAGAGCCAGGUCACCAUGUGGCCAAGCGCAGCCUCCGCUGCAGCCAGAACUCCAACCUCUGCUGCCGCAAGGACUACUAUGUGGAUUUCCGAGACAUCGGUUGGAAUGACUGGAUCAUUAAGCCUGAGGGCUACCAGAUAAACUACUGCGUGGGCCAGUGCCCCCUACACGUGGCUGGCAGCCCGGGGAUGGCCUCUUCUUUCCAUACAGCUGUCUUCAACCUGGUCAAAGCCAACAAUGUCCAAGCAUCAGGGCACUCCUGCUGUGUGCCCACACGGCGCCGGCCGCUCUCUGUCCUCUACUUCGAUCGCAACAGCAACAUUGUCAAGACUGACAUCCCUGACAUGAUCGUUGAUGCCUGUGGCUGUAGCUAG